AUGAUGGGGCUGGGUGAAAACCUCUUUAAGAUAUGGAGGAUCGCACUAAUGGUAAUGUCAGUUGCACUUUUACUUUAUGGAGUUACUUCAUUAGUAGUUACUCAGAUCAUAUUCAAACUAUUCUGUGUAAAUAACUCCGUCAAGCUACAGCAUGGAAUCAACCUAACAAAGAGAUCUUUCAUUUCGUUAUUGAUCUCGAUUUUGGUCAUGGUGGCUCCUUCCUCUGUAAGAAUUACCACAGAUAAUACAUCAAUAUCCAAGGGCACAUUCUUUAAGUCGAAUGGUAAUAUAAAAUCAACAUUAAAGAAAAGGAACAUUAUUUUUGCUAAUCAUCAAAUUUACACGGACUGGGUAUUUCUUUGGUGGCUCUCUUCAACUUCCAAUUUGGCCGGGAACAUUUUCAUUAUACUGAAGAAAUCACUGGAAUCGAUUCCAGUAUUCGGUUAUGGUAUGAAAAACUAUAAAUUUAUCUUUCUGAGUAGAAAGUGGGCACAGGAUGAGAUUGCUUUACAUAAUGGGCUUGGAAGCAUCGAUGCUGAUUCCAGAGGCGAAGGGCCGCUAUCAAACAAGAAACCGAUCCAUUCCGAUCCCGAUGGUAAACUUUAUUGGAAUACAGCUGAUGUAGAUAAAUCUCAAUAUCAUUGGCCAUAUAGCUUGAUUUUGUUUCCCGAGGGUACCAAUUUGAGUGCUAACACUAGACAGAAGAGUGCGGCAUAUGCUGCAAAGACUGACAAAGUGCCCUUUCAAAAUGUUCUCUUACCGCAUAUAACUGGAUUGAGAACUGCUAUUCAAUUGCUGAAGCCUAGUCUUGAGGCUGUAUACGACAUCACAAUUGGUUACUCCGGCGUAAAAAAGGAAGAAUAUGGGGAAUUAGUAUAUAGGCUGCCAAAUAUAUUCAUCAAAGGGAAAAGUCCUAAGCUUGUGGACAUGCAUAUAAGAGCAUUCAAUGUUACUGAUAUACCUUGUGAUGAUGAGGAGGAAUUCACAAAAUGGCUAUACAAUGUUUGGCAAGAAAAGGAUGAUCUGAUGGAGACGUAUUAUAAAAAGGGCUCCUUUGAUCUAGACCCUGAAUUAGAUCAUUCUGUAAUGGGAAAAUUUGAAAUGAGUCCUCUACCAUUCCUAUUUACGUCUUUAUUUCCGGCGAUUUUCUUCUCGGCAUUAUUUGGCGUUGCAUAUUUAUUAUUUAUCAAGAGGUAA